GAAUGGAAGAUUUGGAUUUGAAACCAGCGGAAGAGAUUACAGAUGAUGCCAUUAAUCCUGCUGGCAAAAAGAAGCUCCAAAGCAUUGUUGCAACAGCAAUGGAAUUUGAAGCUAUGCAUAAGGAGUGCUUACGUGUGUUACCAUACUCAGAGGAUGCUCGCAAAGUUGUUCACUUUUGUGAAAAGCAUACAGCCACUCUUAACGAGAAUUUUUGGUUGAAGAACUGCUUGUGCAUAGACCAUCCAUUUGAUCUUGGUAAUGCGAAAGUGUUUGCUACCGCAGGAGAUUCUGGAGCAGUGCUUUUUGAAAGAAAAGAAGAUAAAAGUCUUGAAGGUUUUGGCAUAAUUUUUGGCGAGCAUCGAAAUUCAUACCAACUUUGUGCCUUGGCCACCCCACUGCAAGUUGCUCUUGAAACGUUGUCAAAAGAGAUCCCUUUGAACACCGGCUUAAGACUACUUUCAAUCUAUAACGAGUAACCUUGUAAUUGAGCAGUUCUUCAUUUAUUCUUGAUGAAGAUGUUUGAGUUUUUUCUGGUUGUUCGCCAGUAUAUUUUCGGCCUAAUUUCUUGUGACAAUUAACAACAUAUGCGAAGGGAAACUUAUAUAAACUUAUAUUCCAAAAAUGCAAAGCGCCAAAAAUGUCAGGGUUACCUACUACAAUUUUUAUUCCGAGAGGAUUUGAAUAGCAUGCGUUAUGGUACCCACGCCAAAUACUGAAGUGAUACUUUGGAAACAACUACACGGAAUGUUUGGUUUAUGACUGAUUUUUCGAAAAGGAGACCUGCUAAAGACCUUUUUGGAAAGAGUCUAGUCGCAAAAGACCUAUGACUUUUACCAUCGCUCAGAGUUUGUUGGGUAGACUGGUUCAUUCGAAGGAUAAUUCUUUUUUAAUGACAACUGUGCGGCUAGUUUAGUCCAUUCCCAAUUGUUUUAUCUAUUCUGAUUGAUUAGGUAUAAAUAUAGGGUACAACUGAACUCUAUAGUGUCAUAUAUGCUCGAAGUUUCUUUUUCGAUUUAACAUUUUUGAUAAAAGUAGUCAGUUUCCACAAUUUUUAGUUGCGUUUUAAUUAAAAACGGUGUUUGGUAUCGGUGGAUGGACGUGACUUUACUCCUUAAGGUGUCAGAAAAAAAUUUAUCCUACAAUAUUUUUAACUUUCCUUAAAUGUACCCUAACAACGUCUGUCUCGAGAAAUGCAAUUAAUGCAAUAAAAAAGAUAGGUCAUAGUGCUUGUCUAAGAGAUAUGAUGUGCCAAACUUACCCCACUUAUGCCUUAUUUGGCAUUAAUCACGCGCGUCGUUUCAGAGGUUCACGGUACAUUUUUAGUUAGCUGGAAGCAAGAGUUUUUUAAGUAACACUUGGAAAAACUUUAUAGAUGGAAAGUCUCGAGCGUAUGGAACAGUUUGACAUAUAACUUGUGGAAAAUCAUGCAAUUUUAAACGAAAUUGGCCAGUGAUCCUCUAGAAAAAGGCAGUAGUGAGUUCAGGGACUUAUUAAACAGCCAAAAUCCAGUGAGUCCCACACACAGGAGUGUGAGUUCCA